AUGGUAAAGUCAUACCAAAGAUUUGAACAAGCAUCUGUGUUCGGUGUGAUAAGUUCUAACUCCAACUCAGUUUGGCUUCCAUCCUCCUCUACAAGACAAAAGGGUCAUCACCAUAAUAACAAUCCAGGCCAAAUCAUUACCAGUUGUUUAGAAAAUAUUAACAUAUGGGAUAUCAAGACCGGUGAACUAGUCUGUACAUUAUCUGAUGGUCUUCCACCAGGCUCUAUUGAUGCUAGAGGUUCUAAACCUGCUGAAGUCACCUACUUGAAAUUUCAUUCUGAAACAAAUCUUUUAGCUGCAGGUUACUCUGAUGGUGUCAUCAAAAUCUGGGAUCUAGUGUCAAAAACAGUUCUACUGAAUUUUAAUGGUCAUACAUCAGGUAUAUCUAUUCUAAAGUUUGAUCCAACUGGUACUAGACUUAUAUCUGGUUCUAAAGAUUCCGAUAUUAUAGUCUGGGAUUUGGUCAGUGAAGUCGGUCUUUUCAAAUUAAGAUCACAUAAGGAUGCAAUCACCGGUCUUUCAUAUCAAGAUGAAAAUUGGUUAAUAAGUACUUCAAAGGAUGGACUAAUCAAAAUAUGGGAUAUGAAAGUUCAACAAUGUAUAGAAACCCAUAUUGCCCAUACUGGUGAAUGUUGGUCCCUUGGCGUCGAGAACGAUUUUGUAGUGACCACUAGUGCCGAUACUCAAAUUAAGAUAUGGGAAUUGAAUUUGAAUAAUGAAAAUGGUUCUAAAUUGGUUGAAAAGGGCAUAUACGAAAAACAAAGUAAGAAUCGCGGUCUUAAUGUUGAUUUUGUGACAACCAGUGAUGGUGUCAAAUUUUUCUUUAUUCAAAACGCUGAUAAGACUGUUGAAGUAUUUAGAAUCAGAAGAGAUGGAGAAAUAUCUAAAGCUUUGAAAAAAAGAGAAAAAAGAUUGAGGGAAAAAGGUAUGACUGAUGAAGAAAUAGCGCAAAAUAUUAAAGAUUCUCAUGUAUCUAUCGUUAUGCAUCCAUUCCAGAUGAUAAGAUCCCCAUAUAAAGUUAAAUCCACUACUUGGACUAUUGCCACAUCAAACAAACUAGAAAUUGCAAUAACUACCUCUGCAAAUACCAUUGAGUAUUAUUCUAUACCAUAUGAAAGAAGAGAACCUACACAACCUUCCCCUAACAAAUUAUAUACAAUAGAUUUGCAAGGUCUAAGAACUGAUAUUCGUGCUUUAGAUAUUAGUGAUGAUAAUAAGUUAUUAGCCACUGCAAGUAAUGGCCUUUUAAAAAUUUGGAAUAUUAAAACACAUUUAUGUAUAAGAACUUUUGAAUGUGGUUAUGCCUUGACUUGUAAAUUUUUACCUGGUGGGUUAUUAGUUAUCCUUGGUACAAGAGAUGGUGAAUUACAAUUGUUUGAUUUAGCCUCAUCAACUCAACUCCAAAAUUUGACAGAUGCACAUAACGCAGCUAUUUGGUCAUUAGAUAUCACCAGUGAUGGUAAAAGAUUAGUCACCGGUUCUGCAGAUAAAACUGUUAAAUUCUGGGACUUCCAAUUAGAAAAAAGUAUUAUACCAGGUACUGAAGAUAAAUUUGACACAAAGUUGACCCUAUAUCAUGAUACUACAUUAGAAUUGAAUGAUGACAUUUUAAGUAUCAAGAUAUCACCAGAAGAUAAGUUCUUGGCCAUUUCUUUAUUAGACAAUACUGUGAAAGUAUUUUAUUUAGAUUCAAUGAAAUUUUUCUUAAGUUUAUAUGGUCACAAAUUGCCUGUCCUUUCAAUUGAUAUUUCAUAUGACUCUAAAUUAGUUAUCACAUCUUCUGCAGAUAAAAAUAUCAAAAUCUGGGGGCUUGAUUUUGGUGAUUGCCAUAAAUCUUUAUUUGCCCAUCAAGACUCUAUUAUAAAUGUUAAAUUUCUUCCUGAAUCUCACAAUUUUUUUAGUUGUUCUAAGGACGGAUUAGUCAAAUACUGGGAUGGUGAUAAAUUCGAGUGUAUUCAGAAAUUAGCUGCUCAUCAAAGUGAAGUUUGGGCCAUUGCAGUUGCUUCUGAUGCAUCGUUUGUAGUAUCUUCAUCUCAUGAUCAUAGUAUUAGAGUAUGGGAAGAGACAGAAGAUCAAGUAUUUUUAGAGGAAGAAAAAGAAAAAGAAAUGGAAGAACAAUAUGAAGAAACUUUAUUGACAUCUUUAGAAGAAGGUAAUGGUGAUGACGCCUUCAAAAAGGAUGGUGAAGAAACUAUGGAAUCUUCAGACGUUCAUAAGCAAACAAUGGAAUCCUUAAAGGCUGGUGAAAGAUUAAUGGAAGCACUAGAUCUUGGUAUCAAAGAAAUUGAGUUACAAGAAAACUAUGAAAGAGAUCUAGCAAUAUGGAAUAAAAAGAAAAAUACCACAUCUUUUGAAAUGCCAAUAAAACCACAAGGGAAUGCUAUCUUAAUUGCUAUUAAGAAAACACCAGUAGAGUAUAUCUUAGAUACAUUGAUGAAAAUUAAGGCUUCACAACUAGAGGACGCUUUAUUAGUGAUGCCAUUCUCUUACGUUCUUAAAUUUUUAAAAUUUAUUGACAUUGUUAUUCAAGAUAAGAAAUUGUUCAAUAACUACUUAGCAUUAAUAUGUAAAAAUUUAUUUUUUAUCGUUAAAUCCAACCAUAAUGAAUUAGUUUCACAAAGGAAUGAAGAACUGAAAUUACAAAUAAAACGCGUAAAGGAUGAAUUGAGAUCAAAUUUACAAUCUAAUGUGAACGACCUUGGCUUUAAUAUAUCUGGCUUAAAAUUUAUUAAACAGCAAUGGAAUUUAAAGCAUAAUUUCGAAUUUGUUAAUGAAUAUGAUCAACGUGUUCAAGAAAAGAAAAUGGCCAAGAAGAGGGUCUUUGAAACACUAAGUUAG